GUAUGAAGACCUUCAUCCUUCUGGCCGUUCUUGGCCUUGCAUCGGCUUCAGUCCAUCAACACAAGAUCGUAUGGAGGGAAUCCAAGAAGAUGGGAAUGAUCCGUACUGGACAAUAUCCAGCUUACCUUGAAUACCAGAGAAAUCUCAGAGCUGUGUCCCCAAAUGUUCUUGCUAAUCUCCCACAAAAUGUCAAUGACUUUGGAGAUUUCGAGUACCUCGGAAACAUCACCAUCGGAACCCCAGAUCAAGGAUUCAUCGUUGUUUUGGAUACCGGAUCCUCUAACCUCUGGAUUCCAGGACCAACCUGCAAGACCAACUGCAAGACCAAGAGCAAGUUCGAUUCCACUGCCUCCAGCACCUUCGUUAAGAACGGAAAGUCCUGGACCAUCCAAUACGGAUCAGGAGAUGCCGCCGGAAUCCUCGGACAAGAUACCGUUAGAUUCGGAGCUAAGGGAGACUCCCAAUUGUCUGUUCCAACCACCACCUUCGGAAUUGCCAGCAAGAUUUCCGCUGACUUCAAGAAUGACGCCACCGACGGAAUUCUCGGACUUGCUUUCACCUCCCUUGCCGUCGACGGAGUUGUCCCACCACUCAUCAACGCCAUCAACCAAGGAAUCCUUGACCAGCCACUCUUCUCAGUCUGGCUUGAGCACAGAGGAGCCGCCAACAAUGUUGGAGGAGGAGUCUUCACCUACGGAGCCAUUGACACCACCAACUGCGGAGCCCUUGUUGCCUACCAACCACUUUCCUCUGCCACCUACUAUCAAUUCAAGGCUGCCGGAUUCAAACUCGGAUCAUACUCAAACACCAAGACCGUUGAUGUUAUCUCUGACACCGGAACUUCCUUCCUCGGAGGACCACAAUCUGUUGUUGACGGACUCGCCAAGGCCGCUGGAGCCACUUAUGAUGACUUUAACGAGGUCUACUUCAUCGACUGCGCUGCCCAGCCAGGAACUCUUGAUAUUACCAUUGGAACCAACACUUAUUCCAUCCAGCCAGUCAACUACAUCGUUGAUGCCGGAAACGGUCAAUGCCUUUUCGCUGCCUUCCCAUUCGAUUUCGGAGGAUUCGGACCAUCAUGGAUUCUUGGAGAUCCAUUCAUUCGUCAAUACUGCAACAUUUACGAUAUUGGAAACAAGAGAAUGGGAUUCGCUCCAUCUCUCCAAAAGUAAAUAUAUAUUACUAUUUAUGUACUUAUACUUUUUCAAUAAUAAAACAAUUGAAACAACUAAUAUUUAAACAAUUUUUCUGCAGAAAUGAAUUGCAUUGAAUUUU